UGGUCCAUGAGAAGCAUGUCCACAGCUAAGGCCUGGAAUAGCUCUUCUGUAACCAUGUUCAUAUUCCUGGGAUUUGCAGACCAUCCAGAACUCCAGACCCUUCUCUUUGUGACCUUCCUGGGUAUCUAUCUUGUGACACUGGCCUGGAACCUGGCCCUCAUCUUUUUGAUCAGAGGUGACCCCCGUCUGCACACACCCAUGUACUUCUUCCUCAGCAACUUGUCUUUCAUCGACAUCUGCUACUCUUCUACAGUGGCCCCCAAGAUGCUCACUGAUUUCUUCCGGGAGCAAAAGACCAUAUCAUUCUUGGGCUGUGCUGCUCAGUUUUUUUUCUUCGUCAGUAUGGGUCUCACUGAGUGCUUCCUCCUGACUGUCAUGGCAUACGACAGAUAUGCAGCCAUCUCCAGUCCCCUGCUCUACACAGCCAUCAUGUCCCAGGGCCUCUGCACACGCAUGGUGCUUGGGGCAUAUGUUGGUGGCUUCCUGAGCUCCCUGAUCCAGGCCAGCUCCAUAUUUCAGCUUCACUUCUGCGGACCCAACAUUAUCAAUCAUUUCUUCUGUGACCUCCCUCCAGUACUGGCACUUUCUUGCUCUGACACCUUUCCUAGUCAAGUGGUGAAUUUUCUCGUGGUAGUCACUAUUGGGGGGACAUCGUUCCUCAUCCUCAUCAUCUCCUACAGUUACAUAGGAAAUGCUGUCUUGAAAAUCCGUUCAGUGGAAGGCCGAAAGAAAGCCUUCAGCACAUGUGCCUCACACUUGAUGGUGGUGACUCUGUUGUUUGGGACAGCCCUUUUCAUGUACCUGAGACCCAGCUCCAGCUACUCGCUUGGCAGGGACAAGGUAGUGUCUGUGUUCUAUUCACUGGUGAUCCCCAUGCUGAACCCUCUCAUUUACAGUUUGAGGAACAGAGAGAUCAAAGAUGCCCUAUGGAAGGUGUUGGAGAAGAAGAAACUGUUUUCCUAG